AUGUCUAUUGUUCGAAUCCCGUUGAAAAUGCAGAUGAGACGAAAACGUGAGGUCGAAGCUGCAACCAAGAUGGAGUUGAGAAUAGUCCUUUUCAGCUGCUUCGUGAAGGCACUUCCACUUGGCCAGUCAGCGUUCCGAACGCAAAUGGACCGAUUGCAGAACGCAAAGACCGGCCAACUCGCCAGUGCGUCGGUGCAGCAGAUGACGGCUGAAAUGGAGGCCUUCAAUUUCGUCUGCUAUGGACUUCCCAAUUUAAUGCUUACAUAA